CAUUGACAAUACUGAGUUGACCCGAACUGAUGGAUUCACUGUGAAAUACUCGCGAAUAUACGGGAGUGAAAAACAGUAGCAGUGGAAGGAAUACAUUUUAGCUAUUAUUAACCGGAGUGUGAACACCAAAUAUAUGCGAUUCAGCCGUAUUUUUGACGUCUGUCUGCGAUAUUGAGUUUUUGUUGUGGAUACACGAAAUGAAGGCAGCCAUCUUGAAGCUCGGUGAACAAUCGGGGACGCUACAUGGGAAGUAUUGAAAUUCAGUAUAAAAUCCCAAUAGCCGCUCAUUUUUUUAACACGAAUCCCCAAGAUUGCAAGAGUUUUGUAACUUCCCAAUUGCGAGGCUCUACAAAUCCAGUCGACGUGAAGUCAUCUCGCGUGCGACGCAUUGUUAUGAAUUGCUUAUCUCAUUAUUAACAUUAGUGAAUUAUUAGUUGCUAUAAAAAAAACGCAAUUUUGUUCUGAAUUUUAAAGUUUUCAUUUGUUUCGCAGGCGAAACAUUUUUUUUCGGUGUCGAUAUCAAAUGACGUAUAUAGCGUGGGAGUGACCAAUAACACUCGCAGUUAGUAUUUUAUAUUUAUCAAGACAUUGCUCUGAAACACAAAUGUCAUCGGCAUCGGGAUAUUCGUUGCCACCGCUACAUAACCUUCCGCACUGGUCGCGGAUCACGACGUUGGACAAGGCGAGAUAUCCAAAACCUUUUAUGAAAGAUCGUCUACAAGUACUACCACACCCACAGAGUAGACGAGAGAUGUCGUUAGAGGACGGUUUUGAUAUAGCAGACCUUGCAGACAUGGACCCUGUGCAGAGAAUACAGUACCUGGAAAAAAGCCUGGAAUUUCUCAAACAGCAACACCAAGACGUUCUUAAAAGUCUUCAUGAAGAAAUUGAUGGUCUUAAACGAGAUAAUAAAGAUUUACAUUUCAAACUAGUCAUGGCAAAAGGUAUAACUCCUAAAAAAGAAUUAAGUGAGGUGUCACUCCGUUCAAGAGAUGCCAGUAGUAGCAGUAGUCGAUCACAAGCACAAAAAAUAGAUGAAUUGAAGAAAUUAUUUCUUGAAGAAGAAAUUGAUAAUCUGAGGUACGCUUUGCGAGAUGCUCGUAGUCACAAUGCUUAUCUUCAACAGAUAGUAGAGCAAACAUUAACGAAAAGAGGUAGUAUUUCUGAGAUAGCAAAGCCAUCAAGGCCCCAUUCACAGUUGCAAUUAGCAGUAGAAGCAUUGAAUCCAUCAUUGGAACCAUUGCAAGUACAUCCAAAAUCACAGCCACCUAGACCACCCACACUAGAAGAAUGUGAAAUGAUCAUUAGGCAUUUCCAAAGGCAAAAUGAUAAACAAUCACAUGAGUUAAUGAGAUUAAAAGCAGACCUAAAAGAUGUUCUUUAUUCACAUAAAUGGACACCUGACGCAUAUUUAUUAGCUAAAGCAUAUGUAGCAGCAGAAGAAGGAGAUCACGAUCCACUAACAGGGGCUGCUAAAUUGCCAAAAAUACCGUUCAAGGGCCAAUCACGGAAACUUCCCGAAGCAGCAUUUCAAACUAGAGAGCAUGUCAGCCUACCUGCUUUGAAACAGACCAUGGGGAACAAAGUGGUGGAUCGAAAGAAACGCGUUGAAGGACUUAAAAAACAAAGACAGCGUAAAGAAGUUGUUUUGUAGAUUGAGAUGUUUUAUUCUUUAUUUUUGUCACUUUCCCGUACUUUGUGUGUGCUUUGCUUAUCCAAUGCGC